GAGAAGAUGAGCACCACAGCCACAAAUUUUCCUUCUGGCUUCAAACCAGGAAAGCUCUCAACUGAGAGCACUCCCACAUCAAAAUUCUCACAGAAAACAGUCCUAGACAUCCUCAAUCAUAAAUGCUUCAAUUCUCUACAACAUCUCAGGCAGGUCCAUGCUAUCAUAUUAAGAACUGGUCAUUUUCAAGACCAUUAUGUAUCUGGCACCUUAGUAAAGUGCUAUGCGAACCCUCAUUUCAACAACUUCGGUUUGGCAAUCAAAGUCUUUGAUAACAUCCCAGGGCCCAAUGUUUUUGUAUGCAAUAUACUUAUGAAAGGGAGCUUAGAGAACGGGGAGCCAUAUAAGGCUGUGUCAUGUUACCAUAAGAUGGUGCUCUUGAACUCUAGGCCUAACAAGUUCACUUAUCCUACUUUGCUUAAGGCAUGUGCAAUUACAGGUUCAGUUAAAGAAGGGGUUCAGUUUCAUGCCCAUGUAGUGAAACAAGGGCUUAGUGGUGAUGGUCAUAUUAAGAGUGCUGGAAUUCAAAUGUAUGCAUCAUUUGGAUUUGUUGGUGAGGCAAGAAAAUUGCUUCAUGAGAGUGGUGACACUGAUGUGAUUUGUUGGAGUGCCAUGAUUGAUGGAUACUUGAAGUGUGGUGAAGUGGAAGCAGCUACUGAGUUGUUUGGAUGCAUGCCUGAUAAGAAUGUUGGCACAUGGAACACAAUGAUAAGUGGGUUGGCUAGGUGUGGGAUGAUUGAGAAAGCAAGUGCUUUGUUCAAUGAUAUGAAAGUGAAAGAAGUCUCCACUUGGAAUGCUAUGAUAGGGGGGUUUUCUAUCCAUGGCCAAGCAGAGGAUGCAAUUGAGCUUUUCACCAAGAUGCAGGAGGAGAAGCUGAAACCAAAUGGUAUUACUUUCGUGGGUGUUCUAAAUGCAUGUGCACAUGCUGGAAUGGUUGAAAGAGGUCUAGCAUUAUUGAAUUCAAUGAAGACAGUGUAUGGGAUUGAGCCUGAGAUGGAGCAUUUUGGAUGUGUAGUUGACCUCCUAGGAAGAGCUGGACUCAUGGAAGAGGCAGAGAAGUUUAUAGAGUCUAUGCCAGUAAAGCCUAAUGCAGCUGUUUGGGGAGCACUUCUGAAUGCAUGCAGGAUACAUGGAAAUGUUGAGCUAGGAGAAAGAGUAGGGUGGAUUUUGCUUGAUAUGGAGCCUCAAAACAGUGGUCGUUAUGUAUUGUUGUCUAACAUUUAUGCAAAGGCAGGAAGAUGGGAUGAUGUUACUAGAGUUAGAAAGUUGAUGAAAGAGAGAGGAAUCAAGACUGUUCCUGGAACUAGUGUUAUGGAUAUUGGUGGCACAAUUCAUGAAUUUAAAAUGGGAGAUGGUUCACACCCACAAAUGAAAGAAAUAUAUCUGAUGUUAGAAAGGACGAUGGAGAAGCUAAGGAUAGAAGGGUAUUCACCAAAUACCUCUAUUGUAUCCUUUGAUGUUGAAGAGGAAGAAAAGGAAACUGCGCUUAGACAGCAUAGUGAAAAAAUUGCACUUGCUUUUGGACUUCUUCAUACAGAACCAGGAACAACUCUGCACAUAGUGAAGAAUCUAAGGGUGUGUGAGGAUUGUCAUUCUGCCUUUAAGCUCGUUUCUCAAGUUUAUAGUCGCAAUAUUAUUAUGAGAGACCGUGUGCGCUAUCAUCAUUUCAGAAAUGGAAUGUGCUCAUGCAAGGAUUUUUGGUAAGGUGUCAAAUAGAUGUGUCAAUAGAAGCUAAAUUGACUUUGUUUCGGAUUGUGAAGAUAAAAUUUUAUUAUGAGUAGUAGAGCUAUAAAAAGGAUACACUACUUUUUGAACAAUAAUGCUAGCCAGGCUUAGCUUGGAAAUAAAAAAGAUGGAUAGCUAUAAUGCUUUACA